CUACACUUUCGUUUAGUUAUAAUAUAAUAAUAAAUAAUGUAUUAUAACAGUAUAAGAGUGUGAAUUUAGAAUACGAUAAUACAAUACAAGGAAAACGCUAGACUAUUAAAAUAAACUAUGGUUUCUAGUGAAGAAGAAACUUCUGAAACUAAAGUCGCAGACACUUUAGACUGGGACGUCGAUAUGGAAAUUCAAUUAUUUUAUGCAAUGGCUAAUCAUAAGCCUGUGGGUAUAAAUAAGCAUUUUCAAAUGGCGUGUAUUCGGGAGAAACUUUCAAACUCUAUAACUAAGGAAAUAUCAACGCAAGAUAUUUGGAAGCAUUUAGAAACGCUUUACGAUACAUCUAUGUUAGAUGAAACAGAGCCCAUACCAUUUCCAAAUCAAGAAGUACCUUUUAGCUUAUCUGAGGGUGAAUUUGGUGCUUUGUUGAAGCAAAAAUGUAGAGAUGUUAUUUUGGGGGAUGAUAGUGAUGAUGGAAGAAGCCCUUCACCAAAGCCAGCCCCUAGAAGCAAUUCUCGAGGAACUGCAUCAAGAGAUAGUACUGCAUCUAAAGGUCGUAAAGAUAGUAUUGGUGCUCUUGCUACUAAGACAAGGAAGGAGAGUGGAAGUUCACAUGCAUCAACAGACACACCUAGUAUAAAGUCAGAAAAAGAUUAUGAUAGGAGAAGAGAUUCACGCGAUUCAAAUGCGUCCGGUCCACGCGAUAGCUCUUCAAGCAGAAAAUCGUCUUCACAGAAAAGAGUCAGCUCCAUUGCAGAUGAAGACAGCAACACACGUCGAGCUCGGCGGCGUCCAAACACUUCGACGCCACCUUCUAGCAUACCAACCAAGCGCCGGCGUAUGUGACAAACACAUAAACACUCAUAUCAUCAAUUUUUCUGACACUCGCACACGCGCAGGCAGCCUUGCGCAUCUUGGAAAAUCUCAGCUGUCAGAAUAUUCUUCUCAUAGGUGUUUGCAGAUAAUUGCAUUUUUAAAUAAUGUAAGGAUAAGUAAUAAAAAAAUAUUUAAA